AGCAACAAACAGCGCCACGUCGCGGUUUCUCCGCCGCCGCUUGGGGAGGCGCUCGUUCACGACACAACGGCUCAGCAAAUGCUGUCUAGCCAAUAGUCAUGUCACAUCCUCUAUCAACGGACGCUUUCGAACUGCGCAGGUGGCCGUAAGAAUUAGCGCAGGACCGAAUGCGGGCAGCAGCGUGCGUGCUCUGUAGGCGCUGCGCUUCUUCAAGUGCAAAGAGGACAUAUUACGACGUGCUGGAGGUGAGCCCGAGGGCAAAGCAGAACGAAAUCAAAGCUGCCUACUAUAGGCUGUCGAUGAGGUACCACCCCGACAAAAACAAGGGUAGCAGCAGCGAGCGCUUCCAGGAGAUCACCACUGCGUACGACACGCUCUCGAACGAAUCCUUGCGGGCGCACUACGACGACAAGAUUAUGGGUGGCUCCCCGCAGCAGGGCCUUCACGCGAAGAAACCGGCAAGGCGUGCACCGAUGAGCGGCCGGUCGCAAAUAUACAACUUUGACGAAUUUUAUCGGCAGCACUACGGGGACGCUGUCAAGUCUUACCAGUGGCGCAGGAAGAAGUUCGAGGACGUGAUGCGAGAGGAGGAGAUGCAAAUUAGGCAAGGCAAAGACGCGGGUGUGACCGUGGCACUGUUUGCAGUCGUUGCCCUUGCGUUGUUCGGCGUGCACGUGUGGGAGAAAAUGCACGACAAGCCUUCUUCGCCACCCUCCCAAAAGGGGAAAUAAACACUUUUAUUUCUUACACAUCUUCAAGUGCAGAGUUUGGUUUGUACAGUAAGGUGUGCGGUGACGAUAUGAGAUUGGAACGGCGCUUGGAAUUUCGAGACGACCUUCUCACGGGAGUCAUCACGGCAACACUCGACGUGCACUGUCUGCCAUGGAUCCUGCAAAGGAAGAGGCAGUAAGCACGACUGGACGACAGCACACCAGAACUGCCUACUUACUGAUUCAGGCUAGGCUUCUCGUACACCUUGUAGUCGAUAAUUGUUGAUGCGAACACGUUUUCUGUUGACA